AUGAUCUUUGUCAAUCUGGCCGGAGCAAAAUAUCAAAUUAGAGAUAUCGACGAUGAACAGACUCCGCAAGAACGCCAAGAGGGUCGUCAGAUUAAUACUGAACUGCUGGCGCUGAAAGAGGUCAUAAGUGCGUGGUCUGCCGGUCAAGCAAGAAUUCCGUUUCGAUCAUCUCCAUUGACAAUGGUUUUACAAGAGCAUUUCACCAUGUGUAGUAAGGGCGCCUCAGCUAUGAUUGUAGCACUGACAUCCACGAGUGAUCAGUAUUUGGCAACGUUGAAAUCACUUUAA